CGGGGAGAUAUGGUCUCCCCAGCUGCUGCGACACAGCAUUGAGCAAGGGGCUAAGGAGGCGGAAUUCGGCUCCGAGCACUAAUCUGCUGAAUGACGCUGCAGGCUCGGUGUUUGUGUGAACUGGAUAUGAUGGUCUUUGCUUCAUGCCCUUGGCAGCUGCUGCCUCCCACCCCAGAGAUGGCUGCAUUUCAUUGAUGGAUGAGACUGACUCCGGUCUGUGUGGAUUCUGGCAAGCACUUGGAAAUCCUUCAGGAUGAAGGCUAGGCUAGAAAUACCAAGGAUUAUAAGCAUAGCUGACUGAAUAAUGAAAUCUGUCAUUUUACACACCAUUUAUUUACCCAGUGCAUGAAGAAAUCUACAAAUAACCGUACUGGGUGCAUAUUACUGAGACAUUUUUAGAGCUGGUGGAUAAAUUGAUGCCUUUGUUUCUGAUUAGUUUUGCAGGGUUUUGCAGACCAUCCUUUUGUCCAAACCGUGUAAGAGGGUUACUUGCUCGGCUCUAAUUGCUGUCACUCGUGGAGGAAGAACCUGGCAACGUUCCCCUCCCCGGCUUGUACCGCAUCUCUGCUCUUCGCUUGCUGUGGUGCUGAGCAGCCCCUUGGACAAAGCUUCCCCCUGAUCUUCUUCCAGCCUCAGGGGAAGAGUCCCUUCCCUUCCUAUUGGAAGUGACAAAGGCUGGGUUUGUCCUGUCAGUUCCUGGCGUGUGAACUGCUUCCCUUCCAGUGUCAAGAUUGUCCCCCUGAUUCAGUCAGAAAUUCAGGUUGACAGAAGUCCUCUGCAGACUGUUUCUGUGGUUUUUUUCCACCUAUGGGUGCCCAGCAUCUUUGACACGACUCUCCCCAGCCAGCGAGCAAGUGCCCCUCUGGUGCAAGGCUGUCAGAUCAGUUUCUCUUAAUCACCGGGAUAAUGUUCCUAGCCAGCAACUUCUGAGUGACCCCAGGCCGACAGCAAAGGGAGUGUGAGAGAGAGCAAAGGUUGAUUAUCCCUUCAAAACCCGAUGUUCAGUCCCGUUCUCGUGGAAGAGGGAGUUCAGCCGAGGAAAGGAACGGCGAGAAGAGCCCCAAUUACCGCUGGCUGCACCUUUGAGGAGGAUGGAGAUUUGAACCAGUGUGAGUACAGCCAAGGAGAGGAGGAUGACUUUGAGUGGGAGCUGAUCCGGAGCUAUAUCAUGCCUCAUCUGUCUUCUGAUCUUCCUCAUGGUUCCUACCUCGUGGUCAACUCCUCUCAGCAUGCCCCAGGGCAGAAAGCUCGCAUCCUCUUCCAGCCACUGAGCGAGAAUGAUACCCACUGCCUCCAGUUCAGCUACUUCAUGUACAGCCGGGAUGGCCACAGCCCGGGCUCCCUCAAUGUCUAUGUGAAAGUGAAUGGUGGCCCACUGGGCAGCAUGGUUUGGAAUGUGUCUGGCUCCCACGGGCGCCAGUGGCACCAGGCAGAGCUGGCUGUCAGUAUGUUUUGGCCCAAUGAAUACCAGGUCCAGUUUGAGGCGGUGAUCUCCAGCGAACGUAGAGGAUACCUUGGCUUGGAUGACAUUUUGGUCUUGAAUUAUCCCUGCUCCAAAGCGCCUCAUUUCUCCCGCUUGGGCGAUGUGGAGGUCAAUGCCGGGCAGAACGCUACCUUCCAGUGCGUGGCAGCUGGGAAGGCAUCGGAAGCCGAGAGGUUCCUCAUGCAGCAGAGGCAGAAUGGAGCAGUUGUCCCAGCUGCCUCGGUGAAGCACAUCAGCCAUAGGAGGUUCCUGGCUACCUUCCAGUUGGAUGAGGUCUCCAAGGCAGAGCAGGACCUCUACCGCUGCGUCACCCAAUCCGUCCGGGGCUCCGGUGUCUCCAACUUUGCAGAGCUGAUUGUGAAAGAGCCUCCGACGCCCAUUGCUCCCCCACAGCUGCUUCGAGCUGGCUCCACCUACCUGAUCAUCCAGCUCAACACCAACUCCAUCAUUGGCGAUGGCCCCAUCGUGCGCAAGGAGAUUGAGUACCGCAUGACGUCAGGGCCCUGGUCAGAGGUCCACGCCGUCAACAUGCAGACCUACAAGCUGUGGCACCUGGAUCCCGACACGGAGUAUGAGAUCAGUGUGCUGCUCACUCGCCCAGGCGAGGGAGGGACUGGCAAGCCGGGGCCGCCCCUCAUAAGCAGGACCAAAUGCGCAGAGCCCAUGCGGGCACCCAAAGGGCUCGCCUUCUCAGAGAUCCAAUCCAGGCAGCUGACGCUGCAGUGGGAGCCACUGGGCUACAACCUGACCCGCUGCCACACCUAUACAGUCUCGCUGUGCUACCGCUACUUUGUGGGCAGCAGCCACAACCAGACCUUCCGGGAAUGCAUGAAGAUGGAGCACAGUGUCAACCACUACACCGUUAAGAACCUGCUGCCUUACAAGAACAUUCAUGUGAAGCUCAUCCUGUCCAACCCUGAGGGACGCAAGGAAGGGAAGGAGGUGAUAUUCCAGACAGAUGAGGAUGUCCCCGGAGGCAUUGCUUCAGAGUCGCUCACAUUCACUCCUUUGGAGGACAUGAUCUUUCUGAAAUGGGAAGAGCCAGUGGAGCCUAACGGUCUCAUCACCCAGUAUGAGAUCAGCUACCAGAGCAUCGAGUCUUCAGACCCUGCGGUCAAUGUGCCCGGCCCGCGGCGCACUGUCUCCAAGCUCCGCAAUGAGACGUACCAUGUCUUCUCCAACCUGCACCCAGGCACCACCUACUUGUUCUCUGUUCGGGCACGCACUGGAAAGGGCUUUGGCCAGACAGCACUGACUGAGAUCACCACCAAUAUCUCAGCUCCCACCUUCGACUAUGGGGACAUGCCAUCACCUCUGAGCGAGUCAGAGAGCACCAUCACCGUGCUGCUGAGACCCGCACAGGGCAGAGGGGCCCCCAUCAGCACGUACCAGGUUGUUGUGGAGGAAGACAGGCCCAAGAAGAUCAAGAGGGAGUUGAGUGGGCAGGAGUGCUUCCCGAUCCCACUGACGUAUGACGAUGCCAUGUCCCGGGGCUCUGUGCAUUACUUUGGGGCUGAGCUGCCUCCCAGCAGCCUCACCGAAGCCAAACCUUUCACUGUUGGGGACAACCAGACAUACAGUGGAUACUGGAAUCCACCGCUGGAGCCCAAGAAGGCUUAUCUUAUCUACUUCCAGGCCAUGAGUAACCUGAAAGGGGAAACCAGGCUGAACUGUGUUCGGAUUGCGCGCAAAGCUGCCUGCAAAGAGAGCAAACGUCCCCUGGAGGUGUCCCAGCACUCGGAGGAGAUGGGCCUGAUCCUGGGCAUCUGUGCUGGAGGGCUGGUUGUCUUAAUUAUUCUCCUUGGCGCUAUCAUUGUCGUCAUUCGGAAAGGAAAACCUGUCAACAUGACCAAGGCUACCAUUAACUAUCGCCAUGAGAAGACCCACAUGAUGAGCGCUAUUGACCGGAGCUUCACGGACCAGAGCACCCUGCAGGAGGAUGAGCGGCUGGGCCUGUCCUUCAUGGAUACCCACAACUACAGUAACAGAGGUGACCAGCGCAGCACUGUGGUCAACGAGUCCAGCAGCUUGCUGGGAGGUUCUCCCCGUCGCCAGUGUGGGCGCAAGGGAUCCCCGUAUCACACCGGGCAGCUCCACCCUGCUGUCCGAGUAGCUGAUCUCCUUCAGCACAUCAACCAGAUGAAGACUGCUGAGGGCUAUGGCUUCAAGCAGGAGUAUGAGAGUUUUUUUGAAGGCUGGGAUGCUUCAAAGAAGAAAGACAAAACCAAAGGAAGACAAGAUCACAUGCCAACCUAUGACCGACAUCGAGUCAAACUCCACCCGCUGCUUGGGGACCCCAAUUCGGAUUAUAUUAACGCUAACUACAUUGAUAUUCGGAUAAACCGAGAAGGUUACCACAGAUCCAACCACUUCAUAGCCACUCAAGGUCCCAAGCAGGAAAUGGUAUAUGAUUUCUGGCGCAUGGUGUGGCAGGAGCAUUGUUCCAGUAUAGUGAUGAUAACCAAGCUGGUGGAGGUGGGAAGGGUGAAGUGUUCCAAGUACUGGCCAGAUGACUCGGAGAUGUACGGAGACAUCAAAAUCACCUUGGUGAAGUCAGAGACGCUGGCAGAAUAUUCUGUACGGACAUUCACCCUGGAAAGGAGGGGUUAUUCAGCAAGGCAUGAGGUGAAGCAGUUCCACUUCACUUCGUGGCCAGAACAUGGGGUGCCUUACCACGCCACAGGGCUGUUGGCCUUCAUCCGAAGAGUGAAGGCUUCCACGCCUCCGGAUGCAGGGCCAAUCGUCAUCCACUGCAGUGCUGGUACUGGGAGGACUGGUUGUUACAUUGUCCUGGAUGUGAUGCUGGACAUGGCUGAGUGCGAGGGAGUCGUGGACAUUUACAACUGCGUGAAGACACUGUGCUCACGGAGAAUCAACAUGAUACAGACUGAAGAGCAAUAUGUCUUCAUCCAUGAUGCCAUCUUGGAAGCCUGUCUGUGUGGGGAGACCAGCAUCCUGGUCAGCGAAUUCAAGCCAACAUACAAGGAGAUGGUCAGGAUAGAACCACAGAGCAACUCCUCGCAGCUGCGGGAGGAGUUCCAGACCCUGAACUCAGUCACACCCCACCUGGAUGUGGAGGAGUGCAGCAUCGCCCUCCUGCCACGCAACCGGGAGAAGAACCGCAGCAUGGAUGUCCUGCCUCCGGACCGAUGCCUUCCCUUCCUCAUCUCUGUGGACGGGGACAGUAACAACUACAUCAACGCGGCCUUAACUGAUAGUUACACCAAAAGCGCUGCCUUCAUUGUCACCCUGCACCCACUGCAGAACACCGUGACAGACUUCUGGAGGCUGGUGUAUGACUACGGCUGCACCUCCAUCAUCAUGCUUAACCAGUUGAACCAGUCCAACUCUGCCUGGCCUUGUUUACAGUACUGGCCUGAGCCAGGACUCCAGCAGUACGGGCCUAUGGAAGUAGAAUAUGUUUCCGGAUCGGCUGAUGAGGACCUUGUUUCUCGCCUCUUCCGAGUCCAGAAUAUCACACGGUUACAGGAAGGACACCUGAUGGUCCGGCAUUUCCAGUACCUGAGGUGGUCAGCAUACAGAGACACGCCAGACUCCAAGAAGUCUUUCCUGCACCUACUGGCCCAAGUGGAGAAGUGGCAGAAGGAAAGCGGUGAUGGGAGGACGAUCGUGCACUGCUUGAAUGGGGGUGGUCGGAGCGGCACUUUCUGUGCCUCUACCAUGAUCCUGGAGAUGAUCAAGUGUCACAACAUGGUAGACGUUUUCUAUGCUGCAAAGACCCUCCGCAACUACAAGCCAAAUAUGGUAGAGACAUUGGAACAGUAUCAUUUCUGCUAUGACAUGGCACUGGAAUAUCUGGAGUCCCUGGAGACCAGAUAGCACCUUACCCGGAGAUCGAAGGCUGGAGCAGAGGUGACACAGACUGGUUGCCAGAAUUACAGAACUCAUUCUGUUACCUCAUUGAUGCCUCCGUGACACCUUGAAACACAAAUGCGUGGACCUUGGUAAGCAAGUGAGAUUCACCUGUGACCACCCGUGGUCAUGUCUGGACACAUCCAAAGCAUGAAAUGGACCUGAGCUGAAGAAGUGACAAAGAGGAGGAGAGAAAGAUGAAAUCAAGCUUGUUUGUAAGCAACGGCCAUGAAGGAGAUGGACUUUGUGGGGGUUUUAACUGUAUUUUAAGUCUAAGCAGCUUUUCAGAGGAGCCCAGAAGGAUCUGGGCAGGUUUUGCCCUGUGUGGAGACAAGUGUCUUGCUGGAGUAAACACACUAAAGGGAGUUGUAUAAUUUUCAGCCUAUUUUAUUCAUGAGUUUGAUGUUUGCUAAUCAAUGGCAGCUCUCAGAUAGGGGUGGAAGGGUCUCAUCUUUGAUGUGUACAAGCUCCAAUCCUUGCCAACAUCCAGCCCUUUGGAAGAUGAGGAAACGAGGAAGCCAGGUUGCAUUAAAUGUCAGAGAGGUACACAAGCUGUUCCUGGCUGUGCAUCCUUGCAAUCUAAGGUGUCCCGCCAGUAUUUUCAAAGGUGACUUCAUGAUUGUGAGUGCCUUAAGGCAGUUUUCCUUUUUUUCAGGUGUGCUUAAGAUUAAAUAUCUUAAUAUCUUAAAAUCACCUGGUUUUCUGAAGGGGGUUCUCAGUGUUUUUUGACUGUUGGGCUUGUUUGCCGUAUCUCGAGGCACAUGCCCAAGAAGAGCAACCCUCUGAAUCACCUAAUUACAUUUGAAGAUCUUGUCCUUUGCUUACCCAGCUUCAAGGCCUCCUACAAAAAUACUCACUUGGCUAAUGGUGGCUGCUUCACUGAGUGUACACCAUCAGGUGGCCAAGCAGAAAGACUUGAUUCAUCAUGAAAAGAUACUGCAGGCAGAUGAGAGUGAACAAAAUGUAGUCAGUCACAGCUGGAAUGGAUGCCUUCAGAAAUAACUACAAAAUAUUGCGGAGUGAAGGCCCAAAUGCAGCUUUCAGUGAAAGUCCAGAGUAAGCCCACUGAAACCUAUCAGACAGAUCAGACCUUCAGUUACAAUAGGGCAAUUUCUUUGAAAUCACCAGGAUAAAAUCUGUUCUCAGUGAUGCCAUUGCAAAUCCGGAGGAAUUUCCUGAUGCUGCAAGCCAGUACACUGAUGUGAAGCUAGAUUUCUUUAGGUGAAAUCCCUGACAAGUUUUUAGUCAUCGAGGUGGAUUUCACCGCUCUGAAAUGAGGACUAGGACCUACUCAAAAAUGUAAGAACACCUUUUGGGGUCCAAGUCUCAGAGCAGCAACGGAGGCAGGGGUACUUGGAAGAGUGGCUGACACACAGGUUGUCAGUGCCGUUGUCUCAGGUGGUGGUUGUGACCUGCACCGAGCUGGAAGUGGAGAGAAGAGAUGAGCUGUGGAAGCUGAGUGACAAGAAGUCUCAGCCAUGUCAGAACACUGCAUCUUCUUGACUUCCUGCCAGGGCUUGUGAUGGGUGAGUCCAGACUAAUGGGGAUGUGGCCAGCGUUUUAGAGCGUCCAAGGGCUUGUUGGGUUGAUGCCACCUAUUGACCAGGAGGCAGAGGUCACACAUCUUCAUCACGACAAGUUCCUUCCCCCAGGAAAAAGCCCAACUAUAAUCUUAAUUCUUGACAUAACUUGCAGAAGAGUUUCUCCACUGUCACUCUACCAUGACUUUUAGCUGUGGACCCAGAAUCCCUUGUGUUUCACUGUUACCCUUGGCAAGUAUUAAAUUAGGAUCUGGUUGCAUAUGCCUGACAGCCAGUUUGAUUUGGACUUAGAACAGAGUUAGCUGGAGCCCAGUAGUUUAUCUGUAGCUUGUUUUUAAUGUUUAUGGACGAGCCAGUCAAAAGGUGAUUUGCCAUCCCAUAUGGUGAGCCCAUUUUCUCUGAUGAUGAGCACAGAUGGUCCUAUGCUCCACCACAUAUCUGAGUUCCUGCUCAGCACCACAAAUGGCUAUAAGAGGCAGCGGCCAAAGUGACAGAAGCCUGGUAUCUGACACCAUAAACUCAGAGAGCUAGGGGGCUGCUCCCCUCUGUCUCGAGGACCAGGCUAUGCCCUAGCAGUAAUUGUGUCUCGGCAGGAAGAGAUCAGAGGCAAGAUCCUCCUCUUUGCCUUCUGGUGUUGUGCACAGCCAUUUCCUCAUGAUGGCUCUAUUCAUUAUCUGUGGCCAGACUGCUCUUUUCCUACAGCCCCAUGUGGUAGCUCUUUCACCAAGUCAGGCACAUUUAUUCCUUUGCAUCUUUUCUCACUUAACCCAUCCAGUUCAGCCAAUGAAUCAUUCACGCUUGUCUUUGCACACCUUCCUCUGUGUCAAUGUCUUGUCAGUAGUGACAAGCUCCGAGCCCAUGGCAAUAAGUUCAGUUUUCCAGAGCUUCAGCGCAUAAGUCCUAGGUGAAAUAGUAGUGCCUUUUGACUGCUUCCAGGAUGCAUGCAAAAUUCAGCAGUUAAAUGGAGAAGCUCCUAAGUGCAAGCGCUUGGCCUUCCAUACACCAAGUUGUUGUCUCUCAUACCAAAGCCACCCCCAGGCUGGCUGCUGGCUCUCUGUAAGCUGUGUUUGUUCCCUUUCUUUUCCACUAUGGGGCCACAAUAUGCAUCACACAUCCAAGAAACAAGAGUGCUCUCAGCACAUUUACUAAAGGGAAGUUCAUCUCCUGUGUGCAACAAGGCAGGAGUAUGGGGCCAAGUCCAAGGAGAGGAUGAUAGGGCUUUAUGCUCAGCCUCCUUCUCCGCUGGGUCCUCUCAAAGUGCCUGCACUCCACAAGGUGUAGAUAGAGCUGGUUGGGAAAUUAUAUUUUUGAGGGAAAAGAUGCUCCUUUGAGGCUUUUCUACAAGCCAUUUAAGGGUGGGUGCUGCACAGGAGAUAUCUCCUGGGUAUCUGCAUGGAGGGUGCAGAUACCCAGGAAGGAAGAGGAGAUACUUAGGUGACCACAGGAAGUUCAAACUGAAUAGCAGGGCAUUUUCCAACCCUGAGGCCCAUUAGGAUGUGAGCAGUGUCUCAUGGGGAGGUUCUGUAAAUGCUAUCUCAUUGCCCUGCAGAAUCUACUAGGCCUAAUAAAUUGCUUAUGAAAUCAAAGAAGUGAUAUCCAGGAUGAACUUAGCCCUCUGUUUGGAGCAACCUUAAAUCAAUCUCCAUUGGGUGGACCUAAGUGACACAAGAAGUCUUUUCUAUUGCUGUCACUGAUUAUUCUUGACGUGUUCCAUCCAUCUUUGUAUUAAACAUGUUUGAUACGUAUCUGGGUGCAUGUUCCACUCUCUCUGUCUGAACACCUGCUUUUUUCAAUACUAACUUUGGUAUCAGUUCCUAGUAUAAGCAGUGAUUUGAACAUCAACAAGUGUCUCUGCUCCUGGCAUCACCAUCUUUGUGUUUGAAUCCCAAUGACAACGUGUUCAAUCAAGUCAGCUCCUCCUUGAGGAAUCCUGCUAAGGUCUCUGGGCAGAUUGUGCUAUGUUAAGGUCCAUGGUCCAGAUCCAGUUCUCAGUGCCAGUAGUGAUGAAUUUGGAGUAACAAUUGAGUCAUUGGACUUAGUAUUGGGUUUCAUAAUGGGUUAAUUGAGAGCAGAAUCUGUUCCUGUGCCCUGGGUGAAGAAGCCCAAAAGCAAUGCAGAAACUUCAUGAGUGGCAUUUUUUGCUAUUGAUUGACUUUGAUGGGGCCAGGAUUCCUCUACAAACGCCUGGCUUUUCCAACUUCUUUGUGAAUAUUUCACACGAGCCUAAUGAUAAUGUACACCAAGGGCUAUAAAAUCAUCCCCUUCUGCUUCUCUUCCUGCCCUGUUACCACAAUUAAAACUCUCUUGUCUAGUGACUGAAUAGUCUUUUUAUCCCUACCAGAGUGUGGAAGAGUGUACAAUGAAUCCUUCCGGUUUAGGGUAACACGUGUGCCUAUAUUAGAAGGUGGUCUUUAAAUAAAAGUGUCUUUUUCCUGAUUUCUUUUCAAUCAAAAGGCAUAUUAAUGUCCCUUCUUUGUGCAGCCCCUUGAAAGGUAUGCUGUGGAAGAGGAGGGCUCAUAUGCGCUGGAGUGCUAUUAAAGUGGUUCUUUUUAAAGGCCAAAGUUAAGAGAAAUAGUACAAUAUGUGAUGGGCACUAUGUCAGUCACAGGACCGGUGGGGUGCUUGUUUGUAGAGAAUAGAGAUGGCAAUUACCUCCACAAGUGUAGGCAGAGGAUCUCUUAAGGGUAACAAGGAAUUGGGGUUGAAACUGUAGGAUGUUGAGUAUGGAAAAGAAGAAGGAACUACCCAAACUUUUAUGAACUUAAACACCACAUUUGACCUGUCAGAACCAGGAAACCUUUUUUAAUUUUAUUUUUUUAAAUUUGAACUGCCUUGCUUCUUCCCAGUGCUUCCAUUUGGUACAUCCAUCUUGGUUUGUUUGUGCAACAGUGCCAGUCAAUUUAUUCUGACCAAAGGGAGGAAGAAAAAUCUGCAGAAGGGUUUUCCACUGUCUCUUUCUGAUGCUCAUAGGUGAAGUGGGACCAGAAAGGCAUGCAAAAAAAUAAAAUCGAAACCCAUUCAGUCCUGUGGAGAAAAUAGAAGCUGGAUGAUUUGUAUAUACGUUUUAAAAGCAAGAUUUUUGAUAUCCCCUUGCUGGACGUCUCUAAAUUUUCAGUGCAUCUCUCGAGAAGGGCAAGCUUUAAAAUCAAAGUGCUAUAACAACCAACCAAUUUUCUGCUCCUAUUGAGAUGUUAGCACAACACAAGGCAAGGACAUUCUGUACAUAUAAAUAUAUAUAUAGAAAUAUAUAUAUAUAUAUAUAUAAAUAAAUAUAAAUACUGUUCUUAAUAUGGAUAAUGUUUAUUGGUAUUACAAAUGGAGUGGUGCUUUUUUUCUUUUUAAUAAAAAUAAAAACCAAUGGAAUAAAAAAAAUAAAACUGACAACAAAAUACCAAAAUUGAAAUAGUUUUUGUCUAGUGCAAACUCAGAAGAAGUGAUGCCAAAGGCCACAAUCAGAACAGUGGCGAAUGCAAAAGCAAUGGAUGCUGGUUGACGUGUUUGAUCCUGAUAGACAGUGGGAUGGUCACAGGCCUUGCUUCCCACAGAAGGUGGGAAAGAAAGCCUCGUGUUGGUUUGUCAGAGGCCUAAGUGGCGGGAGGUGGAACAAGGGUUGCACAAAGAAAGGCAUUUCUGCUGUGGACUGUCCCACACACACCCAGCUGUUGUUAACUUUCUGUUUUUUCUUUUGCUUUCUUUUCUUUUCAGAAAACCAAAUGCAUAAAUAAACGUUCCAAAUUUG